AUGCGGUCCCUACUGCUGCUCGCCGCGACGCUUUCCGUCAGUUUUGCGUAUUCGUUGCGGGACCCGUCGAACGCGGCCGAAGAAGGACCGCCCGCCACGUCACCGGGCGUCCGGAAACGAAGAAUGAUGUCGGAGGAGGAUCAGAAAGUUGUAGACUUUUAUAUGGACAAAUUGAACAAGUUGGCCGACGAUAAGCAUCCGGAGGUACGUUCGACCAACUUUGAACGAGUAUUGUAGAGUUCUGCGAUGUCCGGGACGUCUAGAAAUUUUUUUGUGAAAACUUGACGUCAGGUACUUGCUUUUUGUAGUUGACAACUUUUUGAUACGACCAGUUUCUGGAGUACUGUAGCGCUCGGAAGUUGGCACUGACAUUUGCACACCUCUGGCUAUUGUCAACUUCCAAGCGCUACAGCACCCGAGGGAGUGAUCGUACCAAAAAUGUGUCAACUACAAAAAUAUAGCCCUUGUCUCGUACUUUAUUUUUCCAGUUGACACUUUUGUUGUACACCCACUCGCUAGAGUACUGUGUACCGUUCAAAAGUUGACAAUAUCGAAAAACGCAAAUUGAUCCGUUUUCUUUCUCAAAUCUCGAUUGAUUCGUUUGGUCAUUUAUUCCCCCCUUCUCUCAUUUUUGAUAAGGAGAUGAAGAAGAAGAAGAAGAAGAAGAAGAAGAAGAAGAAGAAGAAGAAGAAGAAGACGGUCAGUCAGUGAUUGGUAAAGAUUUAUCACCCACCAACAUCUUCAAUCUUUCUCGAGAAGAAGAAGAAGAAGAAGAAGUGAAAAACCUGUUUUCAAGAGAGAGAGAGAGAGAGAGAGAGAAACCGUGUCGAGAUAAUGACAAUAAAAAGUGAUCAUAUCAUAUCACCGUCUUCCUUCUCUCCAAUCGAUAAACGACGGGUUGAUCUAGAUCGGUCUGGUCGAUGCACCAUGUGACAGGGAACCGCACAGACUUUGAACACACACACACACACACAAAAUGCACUAAAAAACCCUUGCUUUUUCAGGAAAUCUCACGGGAAACGCCGUCGGAGCUGAAAUCGUGGUUCCGCCAGAAGGAUAGCGUUGUGAACCCGGAGGAACAGGGCAAAUUCUUCCAGGGCGAUAUUGUGCUGUUCCCCGAGCAGGCAAAAGCCCUCUAUGAGCAGGCGCUGGUGGAGGGGAGGUCGCGGGUGAAGAGAAAGUUUAUAGGAUCCAAUUUGCGACGGUGGGACGCCUCGAAACCGAUAGUUUACGCGUUCGACGGGAGUCAUAGUGAGUUUUGACGGUGUUUUUUAGGUUUCAGAGUGGAGAUAUCAAAAAGUGGUCAACUGAUGAAAUGUUCAGCAAGAUAUUGUGCACAUUUUCUCAGUUGACCGCUUUUUGAUAUCUCCACAAAUAACUGAGAUAUACCGCUUUGAAUGAACGGUAUUGUGGUAGACGUUAUAUCUCGGCUGUCUUGAGAAAUAUCAAAAAGUGGUCAACUGAAAAAAUGUGCCAAAUAUCUUGCUAAACAUUUCACCAGUUGACAACUUUUCCGUAACUCCACUCACCGCCGAGAUAUCGCUCAAAAAUUGCAGCGCAACGCGAACAACGAAUAAUCGAGCUCGCACUGGAGCACUGGCACAACAUCACAUGUCUGAAUUUCGAGCGUAACGACCAGGCGAACUCCGGCAACCGGAUAGUAUUUACCGACGUGGACGGGUGCGCGUCGAACGUCGGAAGGCAUCCGCUCGGCGAGGAACAGCUCGUCUCGCUGGCGCCCGAGUGCAUCCGGCUCGGCGUGAUCGCUCACGAGGUGGCGCACGCGCUCGGCUUCUGGCACGAGCAAUCGCGGCCCGAUCGGGACCAAUUUGUGACGGUCCGCUGGGAGAACAUCGACAAAGACUCGAAGGGACAGUUCUUGAAGGAGGACCCGGACGACGUGGACAACGCCGGAGUGCCGUACGAUUACGGUAGCAUUAUGCACUACCGCUCGAAGGCCUUCUCGAAGUUUGACGAUUUGUACACGAUCAGCACGUUCGUCACCGACUAUCAGAAGACUAUCGGUUCGUUUCGCUUGUUCACCGACUUUUUUUUUAAAAUAUACACAGUUUCAGGCCAACGCGAUCAGCUCUCGUUCAACGACAUCCGACUCAUGAACAAGAUCUACUGUUCGUCGGUGUGUGCGGCGCCGCUUCCGUGCCAACGCGGCGGCUACACGGAUCCGCGACGAUGCGAUCGAUGCCGAUGUCCCGACGGAUUCACCGGACAAUUUUGCGAGCAGGUCAUGCCCGGCUACGGUAGCACUUGCGGCGGCAGACUUCAGUUGAGCCGCUCGACGACACGUCUCUCGUCGCCCGGCUAUCCGCGCGAGUUCAAGGAAGGUAGGGACGAUGAUGUCACGGCGCGCCAAAAAAGUGUAGAAAGGGGCGUGGCCUAAAACGAAAAAUUGCCGCAAAAUUCCAGCACACUUUUCCGAUAUUUUUGUGUGUUUGAUAGCCGACGAAAGAAGCGACAUUAACGGGAGAAAACAUUGAAAUUUUCGAAAAAAAAGAUUUUUUUUCCGUUUUUUUUUCGUUUUUUUACGUCAAAAAACCCAAUUGAGCGGUGUAAAAAAACGUUUAAAAAAACGGAAAACAAACAUACGCUGAGUAGCCCCAUAAGCACGUUAAUACAAGUAUUUUAAGCGUUCAAACGGCUGCAAAAAGUAUCGGCAAAUGACUGAAAUUCGCGCAUUUUCAGCACAAAACUUGAAAAUCGAUAGAAUUGAUCGAAUUUCUGAAUGAAACCUGCUCGUUUUAAGCUCUCAAAAAGUGCGCAAUAAUUAGUUUAACAAAUUUAUGCAAUUAAAUCGCCGAAACCCGUACAAAAUUCGGGUAAUUUUUGACGAAAAACAUGAAAAAUGGGCGCGCAAGUGCGCCCCGCCCAAUAGAGCGAUAGAUUGGCGCGAAAUUCAAAUUUUAACAGCAAAAUUUGUGUUUUUUGCCAGAUUAGCCACGAAAAACCGAUAAUUUCUCGUUUGUCUCUCGAAAGACCGAUUGUAUAGGCUAUUACGAAUUUUUUAAGCGAAAGAGCGUUAAAUUUGGUCAAGUCGCAAAUCACAUUUAUCCGUUUGAAGGUUUUUUGCUAAAACUGCGUGAAUUUCAGUUGCUUUUCGGUAAUUUUCGCGGUUCGAGCGCUCAAAAUGAUUGUAUUUACGUGAUUUUUCAUUCUCAAAACCGAUUCUGUCUGAAAACGGUCAAGAAAGCGCAAAUGAGAAGUGCGGCUAUCGGCGGCGGCGGCGAAAAAGCAAAGUCCGCGAAAAAUGCGCCAAAACGUCAUUAAUUCGGAGAAUUAGUGUGUUUUCAUGUUUUCAUGUCGAACAAUCAUUUUUCAUCGCUGUUGACCACAAAAAUCCGAGAAAUUUCGAAUUUCGCGCCAAAAUGGUGACAAAACCACGCUCCUUUCUACGUUUUUCGGCGCCGUUCGAUGAAACUUUUUUUCGCAAACUUUUUCGGUAAACCAAAUUUCAGGCCAAGAAUGCUCGUGGCUCCUCGUCGCUCCGCCCGGACACAUUGUCGAGUUCCAGUUUAUCGGCGAGUUUGAAAUGUACUGUAAAGUGCGGCAUUCGCUGUGCAUGGACUACGUGGAGGUGCGCAAUUCGACGGAUUUCGCAAAUACCGGAAUGCGGUGAGUUCCCGAACUUUGACAGACGUCUAGUACGCUAUUUUUGUACAUAGUUGAUGACUUUUUUUUUCUAGCACCACUUUGAAGGACUUUUGGCCCAUUUUCAGUGAUCCGAUCGGACCCAAACUUUACAGAAUUGUUGCACAUGGGUUGAGGGCCAUUGGGUCCGAGUUUCAGCCCGAUCGGAUCAUCUGGUCCCGAGAGCUCGGGCUUUUUGGAAGCAAUCGGUCAAUGAUCCACAUAUCUCGGCAGCCGACGAUCCAAUCGGGCUGAAACUUGGUCCCAAUGGCCCUCAAUCCAAGUGCAACAAUUCUGCAAAGUUUAGGCUCACAAUAAAAAAAAAUAAUAAUUAAAAAAAAAAAAACUUCUAUUGCAGAUACUGCUGCUACGGAACUCCGCCGACACGGAUCCGCUCGGCGACCACCGAUAUGGUCGUCCUGUUCCGCAGUUUCUACCGCGGCGGAAAGGGCUUCGAGGCGCGCGCGCGGGCGGUCCCCGAGGCGGGUAACUGGAAUGCGUGGAGCCCGUGGACGGCGUGUUCGGCGACGUGCGGAGCGUGCGGAUCGCGCAUGAGAACUCGCGUCUGCCCGCCCGGAAAUGCAUGCCCGUAUGUUUUUUUCCGCCCCACCAACGCUAACCCGUUUUCCUCAAUUUUGCCCCCAUCUUUACCCCUAACAAAAAAACGCUCGAAAUGUUUCAGCGGCGAGCCGGUGGAGACGCAGGUGUGCAACACGCAGGCAUGUACGGGAAUGUGCGCCCAGAAGCGCGAGGAGGAGGGACAAUGUGGCGGUUUCCUUUCUUUGUUGCGCGGCGUCCGUUGUAGACAGUGAGUUUUUUUGGGCGCGCCAAAAUGUUCCACAUUUUCACACAUUUUUCAGAGAAAAGACAGUGAUGGCGCCGUGUGAGAACGCGUGCUGUCCCGGAUUCACCGUGCAACGUGGCAAAUGUGUGCGGUGA